AUGACUAAGAUGUAUCAAGAUCUCAGGGAAGCUUUCUGGUGGCAAGGGAUAAAGAAGGAUGUGGCACAAUUCGUGUCUGCCUAUCUAACCUGUCAGAAGGCAAAGGUGGAACACCAGAGACCCGAUGGGAUGAUACAGCCUCUGGAGAUACCAGUCAAUGAACCUGAGGAUUUCUAUGGUAAAGUUGGCUCAGUUGUACAUCAAGGAGAUCGUGAGGUUGCAUGGGGUGCCUUCGAGCAUUGUGUCAGACAGAGAUCCACGGUUCACAUCACGGUUUUAGCAAACCUUGCUGGGUGCUUUGGGAAGCAAACUCACGAUGAGUUCAGCCUAUCAUCCUUAAACAGAUGUUUCCAUGCAAGCAUUGGGAUGGCACCAUAUGAGGCUCUUUAUGGACGGAGGUGCAGGACUCCCUUGUGUUGGUAUCAGGAUGGGGAGGCAGUGUUAGUUGGGCCAGAAUUGUUGGAACGAACCACCGAGAAGGUAAGAUUAGUGAGGAAUAGAAUGCAGGCUUUACAGAGCAGACAAAAGGCACAUGCAGAUCGCAGAAGGAGGCCCUUGGAAUUUGAGGCUGGAGAUCACGUGUUCUUGAGGAUCUCGAGGAGGAUUGGACCAGUAGCUUAUGAGAUAGCUUUGCCUCCUCAGAUGGUAAAUCUUCCCCUAGUGUUCCACGUGUCGCAGUUGAGGAAGUAUGUGUUUGAUCCGGCCCAUGUGUUGGAAGCAGAGGAUAGACAGAUCAGGGAGGACCUCACUGUUGAAGUACCACCCAUUGCUCUAGAGGAUAGCAAGGUUGAGGAACGCAUAGGAAAAAUAGUCAGAUUGAUUAAGGUCAUUUGGGAUCGGGAGGGCAGGACUGUGGUGCUCUCUGUGUGUGUGUCGGAACUUCCCGCUAGCUCAUUUCCAGGUGUGAGUGAUGGACAUUCUUGGAGCAGGAGUGGAAGGAAAUCUAUGGAGAAUGAUGAGGAGAAGAUGGAGUGCAGCGGAAUUUGGAGGAUUAGAGGAAAGUAG